AUGUUCUCCAAGACCACCCUCUUCGCCGCUCUCCUUGCCACCGCUGUCAGCGUGGUCGCUCGUCCCCAGGACGUCUGGGACCCCACGAUCACCUCGCCCACCGCAGGUGUUCGUUGGCUCCCCGGGGAUACCCACAAUAUCACUUGGGACACCUCCAACGCUCCCGCAGACAUCAGCGAGGGUUCCCAGGUCGUCCUGGCCAAGGGCGGCGUCCUGGACUCAGCCAAUCCUCUGGCCCAGGGCUUCGAUCUUCGCGCUGGCUUUGUCCCCGUCACCAUCCCCGUGGACACCAUUGCCGGCGAUGACUACGCGAUCGUCCUCUUUGGCGACUCUGGGAACCUCAGCCCCACGUUCACCAUUCUCUGA